AUGCCCGCACGAGCACCCGUGCCGCAGCAACAGCAGCAGCAACAAAAACAGAAGGCGCGACCCUUGAACCCGAGUCUGCGCAGAAACCACCACCAAACAUGGACCCUCGUCAAGAACCUGCCACUUAUGGACGCGCCGCGCAACCCUGACCAACGACCACCAUCCAACCGCAACAAUAAAGUCAACGCCGUCGUGCAGGUCCACCCGUCCUUCCGCAGCGAGAUGCGGCCACCGGGCCCGCUCGACGGCUCCGCCGAGCUCAUUUACAUGACCAACAUCGCUCCGUCUCCGUCCAAUGCCGCCACCCGACCUGCCGACGCCGGCAAAGAUCCUGACGAGCUCAUGUUCGUGCUGGAGUACCGCCCCGAGAUCAUCCGCUUCUGGAUCGACGAAAGACCGGUCGGCCACCCCAACGUGUCCAAGGAGAUUCGCAAAGGUGUCCUGGACGACAGCAGGAAUUGCUCUGUCAUCAAGGUCUGUCUUAAUGGGGGUGCUCGUGAGAGGAGGCUGUCGCGUGAAGCUCCGUCGGCACCGAAGGAAAGCGACAUCUACCUCCCUCCGUCCAGUCGCGCCUCGAGAGUGUGGAUUUACCUCGACCCCAACAAGAGCCAAGAUGCUGAAAACCAGCAAAAGAUGGCUCCCAAUGGAAAGGAAAAUGCUGAGAUCAAAGUCCCCGCAAAGCCUCCUGCAAGCUCUUUGCAGCGGAAGCUUUCAUUGAAGAAAUCUCAAAAGCCGCCGCAAAAAUCUUCGCCAGCAUCGUCUCGGAACCAACAAGAGCAACCAUUGCGCAAGAUCUCGCAGGAUCAAAAAGGACGUCCCCAGGAGAAGAAGUCACAGAAUUCGUCUACCAAGGCGCCCCAGAAGCCCCCGCAGGCACACCAAGCCCCGGUUUCUUAUGGCAUACCAAUCCCCAAGCGCCGAAGCAGCAAAAAGGCCACCCAGAGGUCUCCUCUCGCCAUCCACCCUCCAGCCACCAUCUCUCCAAGCCCGCCAGCGAAGAACGUGGAAGACAUCUCAACCGAAAAGCGCGAACCGCUUCCAACAAGAAAGGCCUCGACCCGCCAGACGGAUCGUACCAAGAACCCCUCCAACACUACAGAACGCACUUUCCGCAACCACUCAGUACCCCCAAGAACGCAGGAGCGCAGAGAAAUUGCAAAGGAAUCGGAACCGGAGUACUUGAAGAACGACGUCUUGAACGACAUCUCCCGCCUAAUGACCAACUCGGACCCGUUCGGCCGCUUCCACAGCAGCUUCCCGGACAUGACCGACAGCGACGACGACGAGGAGGAGCGUGACCACUUCCCGGCGGCAAGUAGUCCGUUCGACUCGGUGCCGACGCUCGGGCAGGCGCAGGUCGGGAAGUUUUACAAGGCUGGCAAGAGGGCGCAGUCCAGCAUCUUCUUCGAAGAGAAGGAGGGGGAGGAGCGCAAGAUCGAGGUUUCGCAUGUGGAGAAGCCGGAGGCGAAGGCGAAGAUGCGGGAGUUUGCGAAGCCUUCGAGGAUAAAGAAGUUGGUGGGCAUGACGUUGACGGGGGUGUGGAACAAGUGCGCGAUUCAGAAGUAA